ACUGAUGGGAACUCAGGCUGAUGCUGUGGGUGAGUGUAUCGGUGAGCCGCUGUAUUGUGUUUUGAGGAUUUGGGCUUAAAUAUUCAAAAUGGCGGACGGAGGAGCAGCGAGUCAAGAUGAGAGUUCAGGACCAGAUUCUAGAAUGAGUAAUCCAUCGGAAACAAGUAAAUGUGCAAUGGAGAGCGGGGACGAAAACACUGGUGCCCAAACAAAUGGACUGGACUUUCAGAGGCAGACUGUGCAAACAACAAGCGCAAUCACCAACGCACACGCACAGGCCUUGCUCCAACAGUUGACUUUGACUCCAGCGCAGCAGCAGUUAUUGCUGCAGCAGGCUCAGGCUCAGCUCCUGGCAGCAGCGGUGCAGCAUUCAGCCGGCCAGCAGAGUAGCACUUCAGGAGCCAGCAUCUCUGCCUCCGCUGCCACCCCCAUCACCCUCUCUCAACCCAUUCAGAUCACACCUAGCUCAACACUAAGGAUUUGCUCUGGCGGUAUUUUCACCUAUCCAGGGGAUGUCUCAAGUGUUAAACAGUUACAGCAGCUGCAACAGCAGCAGAACCUCAACCUGCAGCAGUUUGUGCUGGUCCAGCCGGGCCACCCCAUCGCAACACAGCUGCAGCCCGCGCAGUUUAUCAUCUCGCAGACACCACAGGGCCAGCAGAGUCUCCUGCAAGCCCAGAACCUUCUAACACAACUACCUCAAAGCCAAGCCAACCUCCUGCAGACCCAGCCAAGCAUCACACUUGCCACACAGCCUGCGACACCCACACGCACGAUAGCAGCGACCCCCAUCCAAUCCCUCGCUCACAGCCAGACGACACCAAAGCACAUCGACACACCCAGCCUGGAGGAGCCCAGCGACCUGGAGGAGCUAGAGCAGUUUGCCAAGACCUUCAAACAGAGACGCAUCAAACUGGGCUUCACGCAGGGGGAUGUUGGCCUUGCCAUGGGAAAACUUUAUGGAAAUGACUUCAGCCAAACCACCAUUUCUCGCUUUGAGGCCUUGAACCUGAGCUUUAAAAACAUGUGCAAACUGAAGCCUCUGCUUGAAAAAUGGCUCAAUGAUGCAGAGAACCAGACGUCUGACCAGGCCCUGUCCAGUCCCAGCUCUCUUGGCUCGCCUGGGCUGGGCUUGGAGGGCCUGAACCGCCGCCGCAAGAAGAGGACCAGCAUCGAGACCAACAUCAGAGUGGCCUUAGAAAAGAGCUUUCUGGAGAACCAAAAACCUACCUCUGAGGAGAUCACCAUGAUCGCAGACCAGCUCAACAUGGAGAAGGAGGUGAUCCGAGUAUGGUUCUGUAACCGCAGACAGAAAGAGAAGAGGAUCAACCCGCCCAGCAGUGGCAGCAUCGCCAGCACCCCUAUCAAAGCAAUCUUUCCACCCACCACACCUCUGGCACCAAGUACAGCCAGUCUUGUGAUGUUUAAGUUUUCACCAAGUACAGCCAGUCUUGUGACCAGUAACACACCGACUACUAUGACUGUAAACCCAGUUAUGUCUCUCACCAGCACUAGUGUCUCCAACGUCGGUUUCACUGGCACAACUAUUGGCUCGGCUACUAACACUGCAUCGGUCAUCUCCACUGCACCUGUGGUCACCACCGCAGCAUCCUCUCCUUCGCUCAGCCCUUCCCCCAGCGCAGUGCAGACGUCCUCCGCAGAGCAGGCUUCAGCUCAGGAGACGGUGACGGCAGUAAGUCAGGCACCUUCCUCUCUAGCGUCCACUUUGGGCACUGGGCAGGUGAUGGUGGCGGCACCCAGCCUUUCGGCUGCUCUGCAAGGAGCCGCCCAGCUGCCUACCAGCGCCAGCAUCGCUGCCAUGGCUGCAGCCGCUGGCCUCAAUCCUGGGCUCAUGGCAUCCUCACAGUUCACUCCUGGCGGAGCUCUUCUUAGUUUGGCACCAGGUGGUCUCGGAAGCGCUUUGAGUCCAGCACUGAUGAGCAACAGCACCUUGGCCACAAUCCAAGGUGUGUGGAGCGCUCUGGCAUCUGGUGGCACUCUGCCCAUUACAUCUCUGGACGGGAGCGGGAACUUUCUGUUUGCCAACACCAGCGCUGGCAGUACCCCUAACCUCGUGACGGCACCGCUCUUUCUGAACCCUCAGAACUUGUCACUGCUUGCCAGUAACCCUGUCAGCCUAGUGUCUGCGGGAGGGGCUGCGGGUGCCGGAGCCCUUAACCUGCACAUCACCGCCGAUGCCCACCAGAGCGCUGUUACUACGGCAACUAUGCCCGCCUCCACCAUCACCACGGCCUCUAAGGCCCAGUGAAAGCUUAACCCACUCCUCUCCUCUUCUAGACCCCUUUCUUUAAUCUCUUGCUACCACCAAAAACAAACCCACUAAAAAGGAUUUAAUGUUGUUUUAACGUUAUUUUAAUGUUUAAGUUUGUAUGUUCUAACUUUACACAUAUCUUUUACACAUUACUCCACGAUGUUUGGACCUCCAUUGACGGUUUGACUUCAAACAAAUCAACAAUAAGCGAAUGUUAGCGUCACCACAGAGCUUGCAUCAGGAGAGCAGAAACCUCCCUGGACAUUGUGCCAAGUCUCUGUGUGAUGCAAAAGCAUAUUCGUUUCAGCGAACUCACUCUUUCUCCCAUUUUCACAUGAUACCUCUACUUCAGAGGUACUUCUGAAAUGCUUUUAACCAAAAAACUUUGUUUACUCUGUGUUGAAUGAUACCUUCUUACUGCUGACAGUAACCUCCUUUUCUUCACUGUAGAAAAAGGACACCUUCUAUUCUUCUGUCUAUGAUCUCUUCUCUUUCCACUGGAGACCCUGCUUUACAGAUGUUCCUGUCCUCCUGGAACAUCUCUUUUUAGAUGCACAUCGUUUAUUUUUGUCAAACAGUGGGUUAGCUUUAUGUCCUAUAUCUUACUAACUUGUGGUUACAAGGCUUUAAAUGGAGUAAUAAGCGGCUGUGAUGCGGUUUCAAUGCUUUAAGGAAUCGUUUGACUGGCCUUUCUUUCUAGUGAAACACUUUCAAAUAUUGUUUUCAUAUAAUUUCGUAGUUUACUCAGUAGCAGAAGACUAGUCUGGGUCUGAAUCCUGACCUAGUCACGGGCUCACUUAAUACUAAAAGCUUUAACGAAUUAUGAGAUGAUUCGUCAAGGAGGAGUUGUUCAGCGUGGGGAACAGUGACUGAGCAGUACCGUCUACUUUGAAGCUUCAGUAACUGAGAGCUCGCAACUCUUACGUUAGCAUCAGGAUGGUAAGCCCUCCUCAAGGUCUUCCUAACAUGGGAUGGACUUUUGGUAUCGCCACCUGAUUGUGAAGGUGUAGGUCAAGCGAGAUAAAGUUGAGGUGGAUGAUAUUCAAGUUUGUUUUUGUUUUUUUAUGGUCUUUGAUUUUCUACUUGUGCACAGUAUCUGUACCAAAAAACUGGAUUUGAGAACUGCAGUCUGCUCGGUUUUUAGCAGAACUUCUGUCACGCUUUAAGAGGUCUUUAUUUCAGAGGUCUUUGUAUAGCCUCUAUUUCAAGAUAUACCAAAAAUCUUUGUUAUACCUGUUGCUGUAUAUUGCUACUGUAGCGUAGUUUAAGCCUAAAUAUUUAUGAGCAAAGGCUCUCGGUAGACCACAGGAAAUAUAAUGCAAUAUUUUGAUCUUUUCCAAAGACAAAAACAGUUUUUUCUUUCUUUUAUUUGAGAUGGCUGUCCCUCCUCAAUUUUGUAGUGUCAGUGCAACUAACCAAAUAGAUCAGAGUUGAGAGUAGGACGUGAUACUACAGCAAAGUACCGGUUUGAGGUUUGGGAUUGUCCCUUCUGCUAGUUAUUAAUGAGGACUUCGAGUGAGAAAUGGGGGAGUUUUCUUCCCAUUCUGUUCAGAUAAUUGAAAAUUGUAAACGUGCGUGUGUUGGAAGUAAUGCAAGUGUGUUCUUACCUGGCAGGCUUUUUGAAUAUUUCCCUUUUUUGUAGUUACAGGGUGCCAGAUUAAGUCCUCUGUAAUCUGAAAUCAGGGCUGUCUCUAAAAUUCACAGGGACUUCUCGUCCCCCAGGCCCAAUGUGCUGGCUAUACCAUAGAGCAGUGGUUUUCAAACCUGUUCCUGGGGACCCACUGCUCUGCACAUUUUGAAUGUCUUUUUUAUCUGACACAAUCAGUUGAGUUUAGGGAUGCACCGAAAUGAAAAUGGCACCAAAAAUGCUUUUUAAAAAUUUAUUUAUAUUGUAUUUUAAAUUAGCUUUUUUUGUAUAAUUGUAUUAAUAUUGAACUUUUUUUAAUUAAAUUCAAUAAUUUUAAUAAUACUGAAUAUAAAAAAAGCCAAUAAAAUAACCACACUUUUAUUAAAAGUAACCCUAAAAUUGGACAAAAAAAAAUAUUAUUAAAUAUCAAUAUAUUACACUUUAUUCAGUUCUAUGCAACAGAUUUAACAUUUAUUUUUUGACCAAUUGUCCAAAUAAUGUAUAGUCCUACAAAAAGCUAUUGUUAUCAAUGUAUGUGAGCAGUGCAUAACGGUGAGCGGAUCAGUGAACGAGAGGGUAGCGUUAUUUACCAGCGUUGCCCAGCAUGGCUAUAUCACACCAUGUUACAGCACAGUAGGGCUAUUGAAAACACAAACAAGUAUACUACUACAUAGAAAUUUAAUGUUGGCGCAUUAUUUGAAUGGACUUUGCUUUUCAGAUGAGCGUGAGCGGUACAUGAAUGAAGCGUCACACUGCGUAGUGAUAUCAGCUAGAGCAAGAAUGAAACCUAAGCGCUGAACACUGAGGGAUAUGGCGGCAUAUAUUUUUGGCUCAUAUUUUCAGCUGUUUUUCCUCUUUCAGCCAAAACCCUAAAAAAAAUGCUAUUUUCGGGUGAUAAUUUUUGGCGGCCAAAAUUUCAGUGCAUCCCUAGUUGAGUUCAUGGAGCUCUGCUAAAUGGAGGUCUGCUAAAUAAGGGAGAUGUACAAAAUGUGCAGAGCAGUGGCUCUCCAGGACUAGGAUUGAAAACCAUUGACAUAGAGCAGUGGUUCCCAAUCCUGGUCCUGGAGUACCCUCAGCACUUCACAUUUUAGAUAUCUCCCUAAUCAAACACGCCUGAUUCAACUUAUCAGCUUGUUAGUAAAGACUCCAAGACCAGAAAUGGGUGUGUCAAAUAAGAGAGGCAUCAAAAAUGUGCAGAGUUGGCAACCACAGCCAUAUAGGACAGCAUUGGGCCUGAAAUAUCCAUUAUAAAGGGGGCGAGAACAUAAUUAGGGGGUUUAGCCGGAUGGUCUCUUUUGUUUUUCACUACCAAUGUAAUGCAGCCAUGAUGUAAAGCUUGAACCAAAGUCGAUUUCUCACUAGCUGCUGUGCCUGUGUGGGCCGGUGCAAUGCUGACCACACUUUCACUACUCACUACUGACAAACUUCACCAUCUAUUACACUUCUUUUAAACCCUAUUCUUUCAACUUGCAUUGACCAAGAAAUCGUGUUCGGCUUUAUGAAGAAAUAUAGCCUCUUUAGCGCAGCGCUAACUUGCUUUAGCUCUCGAUAUUGAAGCAUUUAACGAUCCAAAGAGAAUCUUAAGGGCCUUGUGUUUAAGUGCUGUUGAGAUUUUGGGAGUCUUUCAUUUCAUUCACCUACCUUGUGAGUCUUUGUUUUGGAUGUGAUCUCUUAGGGCUUAACACAGAUGCUGUGUUUUAAAGAAUGAAUAGCAAUAGAAAUAUCAAGAGUCCACCAAGAUCCAGAAAAACCUGUGGAAGUGCAAAAAGGCCCUGAAAUUGCUCCAUGGAAACAAGGUUGAUUUUUAAAUAUUGCGUUGGUACAUUGUCUAGACUUGGAUUUUUUUCUUAAAUAACCAAUAGAUACAGGCAUUCUGGGAGAAUUACAGUAGUAUUACUGUAGCAUUGCUGAGUUCUUUCACACAAAGAGGUCCGAGGUCUCCCCUCAUUGUCCCUUUCGUCAUUUGUUACUGUGUCCCUUUGUCAUAUAUAUAUAUAUAUAUAUAUAUAAUAAUUUUUUUUUUUUUUUUUUUUUUUUUUUUUUUUUUUUAUAUAUGAUUCUUUUUAUUAGCAUUGCUAGUUGUUUUAUUGUAAUAUAAUUUGAAAUACCUCAGCAGCACUUACAUGAAAGGUUCACUUUAGGCAAAAGACACCAGUAGUCAACUCCAGAAUGUACAAAAGCUGUUUCUAACAGUCCAUUUUCAAAUGACCAACGUGUAAAACAAAACUACAAAGUAUAACAGGAAAAUCUGUAAUAAUAAUGUCACAUAAGUCUACUACUGCUAUUUCAAGUACUACUACUUUAAAGGGUUUGUCCAGGUUAACUUGUAAUGAAUAUUUUGUUAUCCUACUUGCCAAAGUAAAAAAAAAAAGCCUUUGUCUUUGCGGCUGGGUCUUGUUGCUGCUCAUUCCGCUGGUUCUGUCCGGAAAUUUCAACGUAGCCUCCCUGGAUGUGUAGAUUUAUGUGUUGUUUUGCGCAUUAGUGUCAUAACCCGGUGGUUGCCGGGACUGUGGGGAGUUACUGAUAUAUUUAUCUGAGGAAUGACUCAAGAUUAGAGAACUUCUUUUCUAAAUUCUAUAUAUAUUCACUUAUGUAAGAUGCUCAUAUUUUAUAUUUGAACUAAUAUCUAGUUUGAAUGUAGUGUUUUUGUCAUGCUUAUUCACUAAAAGGAAAAAGGAAAAAAAAAAUUACUUCAUUUAUAUUAUAGCUAUUCUUAAAAAAAAAAAAAAAAAAGUCAAGACCAAAAAUCGCAACCACACCCUUGUGAGGUGGGAGUGGCUGUUAUGUGCCCCACCCACAUUGACAUGUUGUUUAUUUGAGUGGGAGGGGCUUGUGAUGGUGCUCUACAGGAAAGCCCCCAGCUUUAGUUGAUGUAACAGACUUGAUAGCACCAAAUUACUCUUAAUUUUAUUUUUUUAUUUUUUUUUUAAAUUUGGUUGUUUUCACUUUUUAUGUUUUUCAUUUGCCAUGUUGCUUUUUAACAAUCUUUAACAAUCAUUUGAAUUUAAUUACUUUAUGCCUUUUUUUGUAUAUCACGAGGGAGCAACGUCACUGGCUUUCUUAGUUUGACAAACUUGCGUUUAUCAUUUAUGCCUUAAUAUUAUUUGAGAGUUUGACACAUUGUAGCAAACUGUAAUAUGCUGACAUGAGAGAUGAUUUUGUUUGGUUGUGAAUUUGUGUGUGCGUGCGCACGUGUGAAAGAUGAUGCAACAGAGCAUGCACCAAUGUCAAAACUCACACGGUGCAUAUCAACCAUGAAAAUAACGCUGUGAGUUUUAUUUGUGUUUUGUGAUAUUUUGGAAUUGUUGCUACCUAUUAUGUAGGUAAAUUCAAGGCGGUUGGAUACCUGUUAAAAGCUUUACUAAUAACUCAACUCCAGCUGAUAUGUAGGGGGCGCUAGUGGUGCAUUACUUUAGAAGAUGAUACUUCAGAGAGGUUCUGUCUGACGUCAUAUCUCAAAAGUGUGUUUUUAGUGAGACUAAUUUGUCGGAAAUACAGGAUUUAAAAAAAAAAAAAAAAAGUGGAUAUAAGGAGGCAUCAUACAUCAUUUGAUGCAACUGACCACUUGGCUGUAAAUGAUAUCCUUUCGAACCUGUGUGCACAUGAGAUGUUUCAGAUGUGAUUUAUCUAAGGAUGUUGAACCUGUCAACAGCUCUGUAUAUUUGAAGCUGUUGCAAAUCCUGAUUUUGGCACUUGAUUUUGGCGUGUGUGGAUGCUCUGACUUGUGAUUGGAUAGUUUCUUGAUUGUAGCAGGGUUUGCCACUCUAGACCCUCAGUCUAGUGACAAAAUACGAUAGUUGCAGAAGAGGUCAUGCACCAGAGAGCCGAGCGAGAGCUGGUCUGAGUAAAAGAGCUGUUGUAUACCUCAUUUAUAACUCGAAACUGAGUAAAAACUUGCUUUAAUCUACUUCAAAAGAUGAAAUAAAAAUAAUUAAAAAAAAAAGAUGUGUCCCAGAACAGAAGCCUGCAGAUGUCUGUUUAAAGUUUAAAGUAACCAGACGGAUACCCAGAAGGCUGCAUGCAUAUAGGAAGCCCAUCCCACUUAUUUAUAUUUUACUUUUAUACAAAUUUAAGUUCACAUUCUAGCUCCUUGUUCAUUUUAUACCAAAGGUUUUUUUUUUUUUAUGAUUUGACAAUCGUCGUCUUAUGAAACCCCAACAAUUAUUCGCAGGGUGUGCGCUGUUUGUUCUGGGUUUGCGGUCUGCUUGUUCCUCACCUUUUCAGUGGUAACCAAAGACUUUUAAAGUGAUUGUAUGGACUAAACUCUCUCUCCUAGUGCCCUGCCUCAACCAUUGGGGUUUGAGAUUGUCGGUCACGCAUGUGGCCGGGGUUUAGUAGAAAGAGGAAGAAAAACAGCUCUGCCGGCUUCUGGAAAGGACUUAAAGUAGCCCCUCACGGGCUGGGUGAUGUUUAUUAAUAUAUACGCUGAAGGAUGUCCUGGGCUCACUGCAACUUGCUCAGGAUAAACUGUCCUCUGGAGUUCCACUCUGUGGCUGCAGCAAGGCAAAACUGUUUCUAUGAUUGUCUACAGAAAACAUGCAACGUCUCUCCAUAGUUGUCUUUUAGGUCCCGUCGUCCCGUGGUUUCGCUGUUCUGUCGAUGUCUUUAUCUAGCUUUGCUGUUUCCACUCAUGAUUUCAAUUGGUUUGAUCAGCUGUGCAACUAUGCAUCGUUGUCCUCCAUCCUGCAAGGGCGGCGUCUGUUUGACACAGCCCUUUUCAGAUGGAUUUUGAUAGUUUUAUUGCAAGUGGAGGGUCGAAAGCAACUAUAAGCUCUAUCCCAAAGCAAAAAUAUCCAAAUAUGAAAUGUUUUACAAAUGCAGAUACCAAAGAUUACUCUGUUCUUUUUCCUCUUCCUUCCCAAACCCUUCAGCUUGUGUAUUAAGAAACAGAACCCAGCUCUGACAGUAGUCCUAACCUCAGUAAUUCCAAAGCUUAGAUGUAUAUUUUGGUAUUUUUCUGAGAUGCUUAUGGGGAAAAAAAAGUUUGUCGUUUUUAAUUUUCUUGUUCGUUGGAUCUGUUGCUCUUUUUCUGUCACAGCAUGGAAUUUAACUGCAAAACUGUCUUACUGUAGGUUAAAGAAAUAGUAUUUUUGUAUGUUUUUGGAUGUGUCAAUGUAUGUGAUAUCAGUUUCACUGCCCAACUUAUCAUUGUUUUUAAAACAAAAGACAGGAAAAAAAGGUUAGGUAAAAAAAAAAAAAAAAAAAAAGACUAUGUAAAUAAUACUUUAGUCAUUGAUUUCAAAAGAAAUCCCUCUCUAUAAUGGCAUUUCCAUAUUUCCUACAGCUAAAGCUCAAGGAAUGUGUUCCAUUUUUCACCCUGUCUCAUACUGUAGAUUGUACUUCUAUAUCUCCUUCAGAACGCUGUAACUCACUGUUGUAAUAGUGAUGAUUGGUUGGGUUCUGAGUAUCACUACAGACCUGAACUCUAGUGCCAUUCGUGGCCUGCUAUCAAGCGAACAUACACCCAAGACUGAACGCUAAAUGGCUACAUCGCUGUAGCUUAGAACUGAAUGAUUGUGUAGAAUAUAAGUAUGUGAAUCAGGAUACAUGGUAGAUUUGAUGCAUUUGUCUGCUGUAUUUUUUUUUUUUUUUUAUAUAUAUAUAUAAAGAUAAUCUUUUACUGUAACUGUACAGUUCUCUUUUGUUGUAAACAUCAUUAAACCAUUUUCCAAGUGUUUUAAUAAUCUAA